AUGGGUGUUGACAAGCUUGAGUUCACCGGAUCGACGGGCACGGGGCAGAUCGUGCUGGAACUGGCGGCGAGGAGCAACCUGAAGCUGGUGACGCUGGAGCUUGGUGGCAAGUCCCCUUUCGUCGUCAUGGACGACACCGACGUUGACGAGGCCGUCGAGCUCGCGCACCACGAGGUCUUCUUCAACCAGGGCCAAUGCUGCUGCACGGGGUCGCGGACGUUCGUGCACGAGCUCGUGUACGACGAGUUCGUGGAGAAGUCCAAGGCCCACGCCCUGUAA